GAUUGAUAAAAUCACAGAAGCUCAGAAGAAGUACAAAUCUCUGAAUUUUCUUUUUGUUGAAAGUUUUGCUGGGUUUUGCUGAGUUCUAGUCAGAGUUUGUGAGUUAACAGGAAAUGGAGGACGGAAGUAGAUCAAGAAGGAAGUAGAUCACUCUGCUUUAUGGCUUCACGAUAAAACAGAGUGAAGCUCAGACUGACACAAGAGAAACUCAUCAUAGAUGGACUAUCAUCACACAGGAAGAAAACAAUUAUUAACAAAUGAUAAUUUGUUAACCAAAAGAACGGUUUGUUACAAGACAGAGGGUUAUAAAACAUGAGCUCAUCACUCAUAACAGAAGAUAAGAAAGUGGUGGAGUCAAAGCUGAUGUUUGCUCUUACAUAAGACCAGGUUUACAGGGCACAUCUCUCUCAAAAACAAAGCAAAGAUCUUGCUUCCUCUCUUUUGUUGAAGAGCAUACCAAAGAAAAAUCAACUUGCUAUGAAUAGCUAUUCAUGAAGCUUCCUGAUGAAGCUUUGUUCAUCAGGAAACAUGAACAAAGCUUCAUGUUUCCUGAUGAGAACCUAUUAGAGAGCUCUGAUGACUCCAACAUUAAGAUGCUAGAUUGUUUUAAUACUAUUAUUUCUUUUUAGGGCUUGAAAUGGCCGAAGUCUGAAAUGCCUUACCCAUGUUCUUUCCAGUUCAGUUACCAUUCAGGCUUUUAUUCAUACCCAGUUAAAAACAGGUUAUUGCAGCAAAUGUGUUUAAUUGCAUCUGGUUUUUAGGUAAAUUGCAGAGGUAAAAGGUAAGAAGGUGAUUACAAUUAUUUCUAGCUGGAACCUGUCAACCUCACACAGCAGCUCAUACUCCGUCUCCAUCAGAGAGGUGACGUUCCACAACCUGAGAACCAGCUUCUGUAGCGGAGUAUCAGACCGCCAAAGUCCGUUCCAAGGCCACCAUUAAACAUUAGACAUGUUUGAAGAGCAUACCAAAGAAAUGCUCUUAUUUGGCAUGCUCAGUUAAACAGUUGUUUAAGUGGCCAACUGUGCCACUUAAACAACUUGCCUUGCAGGAAGAAGGUCCUGGGUUUGAUUCCCGGCCCGGAGUCUUUCUGCAUGGAGUUUGCAUGUUCUCCUUUUGCUUGCGUGGAUUCUCUCUGGGUACUCCGGCUUCCUUCCACAGUUGAAAAACAUGUCUGUCAGGUUGAUUGGUUUCUCUAAAUUCUCCUUAAGUGUGUGUGUGCAUGGUUGUUUGUCCGUCUGUCUCUGGGUUGUCUUGCGAUGGACUGGUAACCUGUCCAGGGUGACCCCCCCUCGCGCCUGUUGAGAGCUGGAGAUAAGCACCAGCAACCCUCACCAUCCCACUAGGGAUAAGAAUGGAAGAUGGAUGGAUGGAUAGCUGUGAGAAAAACAGAAGGAUCUUCAAUAUGUGCAGGAAUACAAACCACAACAAGAUGACAUCAAGUACCUCCGAGUCCUGCUUUAUGGACCUGUUGGAGCUGGGAAGUCCAGUUUCAUCAACUCUGUCAGUAACGUCAUUCGAGGUCGGAUGACGAUUCCUGCUUUGGCCAGCGCGAUGACGUCUGAUCAAAGUUUCACCAGAAAGUAUGAGACUCAUAAGUUCAUAAAGGGACGAGGAAGCUCAAAGACAUUUUAUCCUCUGGUCUUCAACGACAUCAUGGGACUGGAAGAUGGAACCGACAGAGGAGUUCAUGCUGACGACAUCAAACUGGCUUUGGAAGGUCAUGUGAGGGAAGGUCACAAGUUCAACCCAGUUGCUCCAAUAUCUCAACAUGACCCAGGCUACAACCCAACCCCCUCUGCUGACGACAAAGUUCAUGUCCUGGUCUGUGUGAUGUCUGCCAACACUCCUCAGAUGAAUUCAUCAGUUCUGGAGAAGAUGAAGAGUGUCAGAGAAACAGCCAGUGAUCUGGGAAUUCCUCAGAUGGCCAUGAUGACCCACAUCGAUGAAGCCUGUGGUGAAAUUGAGAAAGACUUGAGGAAUGUCUACAAGAGCAAGUACCUGAAAAAAAAGAUGAAAGACUUCAGUGCAACAGUGGGAAUCCCCAUGAACUGCAUCUUCCCUGUGAAGAACUACAGUGAAGAAAUCGACUUGAACGAUGAUGUUGACAUUCUGAUCUUGAGCGCUCUGAAGAUUAUGAUCAACUUUGGGGAUGAUUUCAUUGAGAAGAUUUAAACUGAGAUUUAAAACAAAUAAUAUUGAGGGGGAGUUCAGUUACAUCCAAUAUACCAAAUAUGUACACUUACAGCUUCAUACCGUUAUACUAGGUAAAUUUUGGAAUCCAGUUUUGGACUCAAGUAGUAAAAGGAACACAUUUAGUAGAAUUUGCUUUAAAUCAGAACUAAAAAAUAUAUUGUGUAAUGCGGUGGUGUUAGAUUUUUUUAUUUUCUUAAACAUUUAAUCUGUUCUUUUUCUAUAUUAAAGACUUUUAUGAACAUUUGGGUUACGCAUUUGGGUUGUAUGCUUUUAUGUGACUUUCCUUUAUCUUUUUGAUUCAUCAGUUGUUUUUCAGCUCUGUUUUUCAUGUACUUGUAAAGUACAUUGUCAGUUGAAAUGUUUACAUGCAUUAUGUGUACAAAGGUGGUGCCCAAAUAAACAUUUUCUUUUCAAUAAAACUU